GAAUCCUCUUUAAGUUCGCCCUCUGUCGAGCGUUUCAUUCACAGCUCAGAACUGUCUUUGGUGGUUCAAUCACUACUGGACGUCCUGACCGUAGAAAACUAGGAAGAAACGUCAAAAUGGUGAAGAUAUCUUUUCAACAAGUAACUGUACAGAAGCCGGAAAAGGAGAACGAUGGAGACAAAGAGGAAAUUCACAUGCCAUACUCUCACAAGGAUGAGUUGGUGCUUCCGGUAAGAUCUAAGAAGACUCCCUUUAGAGGCCUUUGGUGCGUCGUGCUCGGCCUUGUGAUCUUCCUGUCAGGCUUGAUCAUGGCAUCUGUAUGCCUGUACCGAUACUACUUCAGCCCUCAGAUCCCAGAGGACAGUUUGUUCCACUGUCGGGUGAUGUACGAAGACCCCCUGUUCGCCCCGUUACUCGGACGGCAGGAGAUAGAGGAAAACGUCGGCAUCUACCUGGAUGAUAACUACGAGCAGAUCAGCGUGCCAGUGCCCGACUUCGGAAGUAGUGACCCAGCUGAUAUCAUUCACGACUUUCACAGGGGACUCACAGCUUACUACGACAUUGCGUUGGAUAAGUGCUACGUCAUUGAGCUCAAUACGACAAUCGUCAUGCCGCCCAGGAACCUGUGGGAGCUGCUUGUCAAUGUCAAGCGGGGGAUGUAUUUGCCCCAGACCUAUAUCAUUCAGGAGGAGAUGGUGGUGACGGGACGCGUUAGGAACAUGCGUCAGCUGGGACCCUUCAUCCACCGGCUCUGUUACGGAAAAGAAACUUACAGGCUGAGACGCCGUAGUAGCCAAAGACACAUCGAUAAGAGAGAGGCCAGGAACUGCCACAGCAUCCGGCACUUCGAGAACACGUUUGUCGUGGAGACGAUGAUUUGCGACCGACUCCUGCUGUAGUUUCCUUCCUUUCUCCUCAAAUCUACUGAGCAAAACCCAAAAGCGACCCUUCCCCAUCUGUCCAGCUUAACAGCACUUUAUCAGCAUGAUAAACCUGUACAUAAUGUUACAUAAUGCCAUCUUUGUGUAUUUGUUGGUUCAUUUUUUUCCAAGGAUAAGCUGUAAUUACUUUUUUUUUCACCCAAGUAUGUGUUGUUUUGUCUUUGUCUAAAUUAUUUUACAAAGUUUUGAUUUGCAUAUUCUGAAGUUUGUAGUUGUAUUUCACUCUCAGGUUAUUUGUUUUUCUUUCUUUUUUUUCCAUUGGGGAAGUGUCCUCGAAAAUAACUGUGAGAUUAGUCUCUGACGUCGUCUAUAUUCUGGCUUGCACUGACGAAUGAUUUGCGCAUUUCUUUUUUUCUCUGUAAUGCCACAGUUUGUGUAGACUGAUGGCAGUUCCUGUGGUUUGUUUCAUCUGUCCAAACAUGUUGAUCAUUUCCUCCUGUGUUAUAGAAGAAAUCCAGUAUUAGAAAAUUGUCUUCAAUGCCAAAAGAUGUAUACCUCAUAUUUUAGAAAUGUAUGACUUCAAGCCUGUUAUUUAAGUCAUAGCGUGGGUUUUUUGAACGUGAUAUAAGCAAUAUUAAGUUUUCUUAUCUUGGAUUUCCUAACUUGACAUCCAUUUCUUUGUAGUAAUGUCGAUUUAACUGAGCAGUUUAUCAUGUUUAAAUACGCUGUGUAUUGUUCUUUAUUAUGUGCAAAUAAAGUUUGUAGAAGAGGUGAAAAACUAUCCACCGGAUGUUGGUUUGAAGCCUUUUAUCAUCUCUAAAUGGUGAGAUGUUAUCUCCAUUCUGAUGAAAAUAGGCUUCAGAUUGUUUUGAAUUUGAUUAAAGGUUAAUCUUCUUAGGCACAGAUGUGAAAAAUGUAUUUCUUGCUGUUCCUUUACCUUUUUUUAAUGUAUGAUUCAUCCAUGAAUAAUGGUGGAUCCUUAGACCUGUCUGAGAUGGAAUCAUUUCAUAUCGCUUGCACUUUUUCUAAUUGUACCAUUUAUAUGUGUUUGUUCCUCUUCCACAUACUGGUGUAGCAAGUUUUGUCUGGAAUAAAUGAGGCGUUUGAUUUGAUGCACUCUAUUCUGCUGCUCUCGCUUUGUAAAUAAUAAUCGCUUGUAAAAUCCAUCAAUAAACUGCUGAAACCCUA